AUGGCCCGCCUGCUGGGCACCCUGCGCAGCUCCCAGCCCGUGGCGCGCUUCCAGCGCUCCUGCGGGCUCUUCCCCGCUGGCGAGGAGGGCGGCGGCAGCGGCGACCCCGCGGAGGAGCCCCGGGAGCGCGGCGCCUGCAAUGGAGCGGGCGCGCCGCGCUGCCCGGCCGGCUCCGGCCGCGCUGCCCCCGGCGGGGUGCGGAGCGGAGUGCGGAGCGGCCGCGGCCCGCAGGGUUGCACACAGAAGUAUAUUGUGAAGAACUACUUCUACUACUACUUGUUCAAGUUUUCAGCUGCUUUGGGUGAAGAGAUUUUUUAUAUCACUUUCCUUCCAUUUACCUACUGGAAUAUAGAUCACUCUGUGUCUAGAAGAAUGAUAAUUGUUUGGUCUAUAGUGAUGUACAUAGGCCAGGUCUCCAAGGACAUCCUGAAGUGGCCUCGUCCCCUGUCACCACCUGUCGUGAAGCUGGAGAUUAGGACGAAUGCAGAGUAUGGGAUGCCGUCCACCCACGCCAUGGCAGCUACAGCCAUCUCCUUCUCCUUUUUCAUUGCAACCAUGAACCAGUACAAGUAUCCAUUCGAGCUCGGCCUUGUAGCAGCGUUCGUGUUCUCAACGUUGGUGUGUCUGAGCAGGCUCUACACGGGGAUGCACACGGUUCUGGAUGUGAUCGGAGGAGCACUGAUUUCGGCUGUGCUGCUCGUGCUCUUGUAUCCUGCGUGGGACACAAUAGAUCACUUGCUGUUAACCAGCCCCUUCUGCCCAUUGUUUUCCAUAGUUGUGCCUCUUGUCUUAUGUUACAACUACCCCAAACUAGACUAUUACAGCCCUACCAGGGGAGACACCACUACGAUCUUAGGAGCAGCAGCUGGAGCAACUGUGGGAUUUUGGUUAAACAACCAGUAUGCUGCUUCAGCCUACACUGGCAAAAGUGUUCAGCCCGGGCUUCCUCUGAUCACCAGUACAGUGGUGUUUGUGCUAGCCAGGUUCUUGGUAGGGAUCUUGGUUGUGCUGCUGACACGGUGGGUCAUGAAGAGUGCGGUCCUUGGCGUGCUGGGCUAUCGGUACAAGUUCCCCAUCGGUGACCUGCAAGCCCGGAGACGCCUGGAGGUUGAGGUGCCCUACAAGUUUGUGACAUACUCCUCCGUUGGCUUCACGGCCACCGUCAUUGUGCCACUGCUGCACCGGCUGCUGGGACUGAUGUGA